GCUGGCUACAGCCGUACAGCCACAUACUUAAGAUUCCUCUCGUUUUGCGAUAUUUCUCAGCAAUAAUUUCCUUUUUUCUCAACCCCACUCUAGGUCCCUGCUGGUUUGUCCUCCGCAAAAUAGACAAAUUCAAUGAAUCUGCAGUAUUAACCUCUAUUAAAAUUAAUUCGGCCUGUAGUCGAAUUCCCCUUUUCCAAUGCUGAGUUUGCCGGCAAGAAGGAUUGCAACUUGUUAUCUCACACUGAUUGGCGGCAAAAUGAGUACAUCAGCGGCAGCUAAAGAUCUCAACAAGGAUCUCUGCGGCAUGUUGAAACAACUAGCGGAAUACGAGUUGGCAGUAAACAAAAACAUGUACAAAAGUCGUGCCUACAAACAGGCGGCGGCCACCCUGGCUAAAUUGGACUACAAAGUCUCCUCAGGAGAAGAGGCGAAAAAGCUGAAGGGCAUCGGCGACAAGAUCAGCAAGAAAAUCGACGAGUUCCUUGCCACCGGCACUUUAAGAAAGCUCGACAAUAUUCAUAAAGACGCCAACAGCGAAGCAAUAAUUCUGCUAUCCAGAGUGCAUGGAAUUGGAUCAGCGAAAGCUCGCGAGCUGGUCACUGAUUUCGGAAUUAAUUCAUUAGAGCAGCUCCGGCAGCGUCAGGACGAGCUCAACCUCAAUCAUCACCAAUUAAUUGGCAUCAAAUACUUUGAGGAUUUUGAGCAGCAAAUUCCCCGAAAGGAGAUCAUAAAAGUGGAGAAAAUAGUAAAAGAUCACAUUGCCAACUUCGACCCUGAGCUGCAAGUUACAUUUUGUGGGAGCUACCGGCGCGAAAAACCUGAGAGCGGUGACAUGGACAUUUUAGUAACAAAGUCAAGCUAUGUCUCCACGUGUGACAAAAAAGAAGGAUCCACCAUCCUCCGCAACUUUGUCAGCGAACUGGAAAAAAUCCAAUUGAUCACCGGUACCAUCUCCAUUGGCGACGUCAAAUUUAUGGGUGUUAGUAACAUAGGUAGAGUUAAAGGGCACGAGAAGAAAGACGCGUUGUACCGCCAUGUGGACAUCCGGGUUUGUCCCAGUGAUCAGUACCAUUGUCACAUUCUGCACUUUACUGGCAGCAGCCUCUUCAACAAGAACAUGCGCCAGCACGCCCUUUCGCAGGGCUACACCCUGAAUGAGUACAGUCUCCGGCCUGUUGGAACUGCAGGCACUGCUGGAUCGCCGGUGAUUAUCAACACGGAAAGGGACAUUUUUGAGUACAUCGACUACCCUUACCGAGAACCAAAGGACAGGAAUGAUUAAUGUGAUUUGAUAAUUUUGUUUGUAGCAAAAACGUCUACUUAAAAUUCUGUUUUUAAAAAUAAAUUAAUUUAAAUAAGUCUGUAUCAUAAUAAACUAAAUUAAUCUUGCCAAUAUCUCAAAUUAUGCCAUAUUAGGUCCAACACCUAGAAGUCAGUGUGGCCCUUUUCACUGCACAAUUUAUUAAAAAUGUUUUCCCCUCGACAUUUAAAAUAAAGCCAACUUUUAAGCUUA